AUGUCCGCCAACAAAGUCACUGAACAACACGGAAGCCUCAAAGCUAGGCUCGUGCGCCGCAGCGGCUUGACACGCUUCACGAUUGUCAAGGUCCGAGCGACAGGCCACUACCACGAGGAAGUACGGCGGAUUCUAUCUGGCGAGAACAAGACAUCCAAUCAUAACAAGAGUCACGGGGCAGACGGCGAGGACACAACUCCAGAGAAGACAGCUCUCAUCAGCCCAUCACCCACGCACCAGACAUCCAACAGCGAUCAAGUUUACCCUCAGGUCAAAGCCAUGGCGCCAUCAACGGUGAAGCAGCCCAGCAACAACGGCCUCAUGCCUGGCAACCCCCCACGGGGCACCACCAAAAUCAACGUCAAAACCCCCAGCAAACAGACGCCACCGACAUCACGCCCCGAGACCCCGGCCACCACCACCACCACCAAUACUCCGAAAGAGCCCUCCGCCUCUUUGAACAAUAAUCCCAGCAGCGGCGGCGGCAGGAUGAUAGACCCCAACGACCAGCGCUUCAAGCCCGACGCCCGGAUCAAACACCUGACGAGCCUGUACAAGCAAGAGCUCGACAACAACAUCGCGUUGCGCAACCAGCUCGAGGUCUCACAGCGGUACAUCAACGAGCUCGAGGCCAAAAGAAAGGUGCUUGAGAAGGAGGUCACCGAGCUGGCCAAGUAUCGCGAGUCCAUUGCGCAGAUAAGGCGGAGCGUGUCUGGGCUUUGA